UAGCUAUCCGAACAGACCGUGGUUGGAGACAACCUUAGAGUCUUGGCCUUCUCUUCCUCAUCUGCUCUAGUUCCUCUUCGCUGGUCAGGCUGUCGAGAGAGAGAGAUUGCUAAUAUGGAAGAUUCCGGGGUGGUUAGUCACUGGUGUUACUUCUGCUCUCAGAUGGUAAACCCAUUGACGGAAGCUGAGAUCAAAUGCCCUCAAUGUGAGAGCAAGUUCUUGCAAGAAAUGCGCACCCCAAGAAUCAGUAGCCAUAAUACCAUGCCAAAUCCAGGGGACAGAGUUCCAAUUUGGUCUCCCAUACUUUUGGGCUUGGUAGGUGCGGCUGGUGAUGAAGACUCUUCUCCCAAUUCGAUCACCUCGGCAGCGGCGCACAUCGGUUCGGAUGUGGAUCGAACUGGGGAAGAUAAUGCAGAAGGGUUCAUCGAGCUCUCGUUUCGGAGGAGCUCACGUGGUGAUCUUUCUUCCGAGAGCGGAUUGACGGACUCAGAAGAUGACUGGGAGAGGAGCAGUGAAGGGAUUCUGCUCGAGGACCUACUGUAUAGCGGCUUGGUCUUCCAAGAUCAGAGUCGCGCCGCACAUGAAGAGGGUCGCACCUCCAUGGCCGACUAUUUCCUAAGAACCCACUUGGAUGCACUUCAGCAGCAUUUGCUGGGGGUGGACCGACAUUCUCGCUUCUAUGAAAGCAUGCAGGCUCGAAAGGCAGUUGAUGCCAUGCCAGCAGUAACCAUCAAAGAGACGACGCAAUGCUCGAUCUGUUUGGAGGAAUUCGAGAUGGGAGAAGAAGCGAAGGAGACGGGAUGUAGGCAUAGAUUCCAUGGGUGGUGCAUCUUCUGGUUAGAGCUGCACGGUUCUUGCCCCCUUUGCAGAUGCAGAAUAUCUCCCCAAUGUGCAAAAAUCGAGAAACUUGGGAUUAUGGAUGAAAGAGGUGAUGCUCGAGGAGAAGAGCAGCGAACACGGAAUGCCUCGAGGCGUAUGCCUCUUAUAGGAUAGUCAUGACAAAUUUGUCCUGUCACCGGGCCGAGCAAAAAUACCAUAAGAUGCACAUUGUAAAGUCCGCUACCACAUGUAUAUAUCCUUUUUCUGUAUCGACCCCAGUUUGUCCAGAAAGUGUAAG